AUGGACCAGACGAAACAAGAGGGGGGAUAUGGAUACGACCUGUUCCCGGAGAGGAGCAAGCGGAAGUACAAGGAGGGGUCUAUCGCGGAGAGACUGUUCACUUUCAACAACAAGUGUCAGGUCAUGCUACAGUUCGCCAUGGAAACAAGUCCGUACGCCAAACUCCUCCUCAGUGCCAUGAAAAGUUCUGGAUGCAAGAUAUUGAAAGACCGACAUUUGUCCUGCGAAGAUUGCGACGGGACAGUCAGCGGCGGCUUUGAUGCAGCUUCUUCUCAAAUUGUUUUAUGUCAGAACAACAUCCACCAGCAGUCCCACAUGAACCGAGUGGUCACACACGAGCUCAUCCACGCCUUCGACCACUGCCGGGCCCACGUGGACUGGUUCAACAACUUCAGACACCUGGCUUGUUCUGAGAUACGGGCAGCUAACCUCAGUGGAGACUGCUCCUUCAGCCAAGAAGCUGCUCGAUUGAACUUCGGCCUGAAGCAGCAUCAUCAGGAAUGCGUCCGAAGUCGCGCCCUCCGCUCCAUCCUGGCUGUGAGGAAAAUUAGCCGCGAGGAGGCAGAGAAAAUAGUCGACGAGGUCUUCGACACGUGUUUCAACGACUACGCGCCCUUCGGACGGAUCCCGCACAGCAACAGGGACGCCAAGUUUGCCAACAGAGAUUAUGAGAACAGAGAUAGAUAUUAUGCAAACCUUUAGUGUCGCCACGUUCUCACGUCGCUCCCGAGGACUGGCAGUGAUGCUGACGAGAGCUUGGCAGCGUCGGGCGUUGGUCAUUCACAAAGCCUCAACAGUGUGACUUUUUGUUAAAAAAACACUCGUAUCCUUUCUGAAAAGAUUUUCAGAGAAUGAUUCGGCCGUGGAAAUAUUAAAGCAAAGGAAGGAGCUGCUAUACAUUUCAUUUUGUAGCCUUAUGGAGACUCGCAAUUAAAGGGAUUGUAAGGACUGAUUUUGAUCUGCAAGUCAAAUUUUAGUUGAGGCACCAGUGAGUCUUGUCAUUUUGACUUUUAAGGGGAUCAAUGGUUGCUCUUAAGGGGACGCAAGAUUUCCUUUUCGUCCAUCGACAUUUGCCGUGAACAUCCUCCAGCGACAAGCAAGGGUGUUCAGUAUUUCUCUGGCUGUCGGCUCUUCAUCUCGUUGCCGAGUGGCUUCCACUGAUUUCAUGUAUAUUGAGCAGGUUGUGCUUAAAUUAAACCGAGUCACAUGUAUGUGAAUUAAAGUUUGAUUCCUCUGCGGGGGGUUUUA